GAUGGCGACGGGGGCAGGCGCGGGGCGCGUCCGCGCGGGGCCCCGCCCCCUGUGACGCGCGGGCUAGCAGGCUCUGCGGGGGGUGGUCGAGGUAGGGGCGGAGCGGCGCAGCCAGUAGCCGCUGGAGCCGGGCCGGGCUGGGCCGAGCCGAGCCGCCGCCGCCAUGCCCUCCGAGAAGAGCUUCAAGCAGCGCCGCACCUUCGAGCAAAGAGUAGAAGAUGUGCGACUGAUUAGAGAUCAGCAUCCGACAAAAAUACCAGUGAUAAUUGAAAGGUACAAGGGUGAGAAGCAGCUUCCAGUUCUGGAUAAAACUAAGUUCCUGGUACCAGAUCAUGUCAACAUGAGCGAACUAAUCAAAAUCAUCAGACGACGCCUGCAGCUGAACUCCACUCAGGCUUUCUUCUUACUGGUGAAUGGACACAGCAUGGUGAGCGUGUCAACCCCCAUAUCAGAGGUGUAUGAAAGCGAAAAGGACGAAGAUGGAUUCCUGUACAUGGUAUAUGCCUCUCAGGAAACUUUUGGAGUGCAGUCGUCUGUGUAAACCAUUCAAGUGGCUUCUAGCCUAGGAUUUUGGUUUUACCUUCUACCCCCCCAUCCCCACCCCAGGAAAAAGAAAGGGAUGUCACCGACUUCUCUCAGUACCUUAGCGUAGGCUUGCUUUAGCAGGUGUCCUCCUCUUACCUUACCUUGUUUGUGAAUAUUAAACAGCUGAGUGCCAGUACAGACAAGCAUAGAUCUAGCUUUGAAAACCUGCUGUCAUAUUUCACAUAGGCACACUUGUUUUAAGUCUCUGGACUUCCUGAAUGGAACCAUACCUUGCACAUUCAGAUUGCCAACACAAGAAACACUUGGCUGACUUCAGUGACACAGGAACUGGCACCAGUUUCCAGUAGUGAACAAAAGUGUUUGGGACAUCUUUCUGUUAAUUCCUUACUGUUCCUAGAAAGUGCUCCUUUUCAGGGAAACGCUUCCUUUUUCCAUCAUGGAGCAAACAUGUAAGGGUCUAAAGUGCAAGUUUGUGCAUAUUAAAUCUUUAGUCUAACUAGGGAAUCAUUUGCCUCAGUAUUUGCAGAAAGUCAGGGCAAGUGGUGGUGGGGGAAUAGUUUCAUAGUACUGCUACUGCAUAAGAUAAGAUGCCAGAUUCCUGGACAUUAUUCAUACCAAACCCCACAGCUUUACUCUAAUUGUAGCAAGUAUAUAUUUUAAGAUGAUUCCAGGUUAGCUCCUGGGCAGUUAACAUUAAGAGAAACUUCAAUCUAUUACAAAUCGUCACUGCUUUCUGGUUUCACUGACACAAAUGGCUGCUCCAUGUGAGCUAACUUUCAGUGGAUAGUCCCUCCUACCCUGAGGGGCUGCUUUUCCAGAGCAUAAUAGGGUUUUUUUGAUUAAAAGAAAUUAUUUCCAUAAAACAUGACUGGGUGGUAGAUGCAGCCACUAAAAAUGGGUAAUGCCCCCAUAGUGAUCUUGGUCUUUAAAAUCUUAUUGGUUUUAGUCCAUGCACCAUUCUGCCUAAUUUGUUCUUUAUUACUGUUCUCUAUAUUCAGCAUAGCAGUUGUAUGUGAACUCUUCAGGGCUGGAAGUCAAACUGCUUUGUUUAUACACAGUUCUGCUGAAAACAUCGGAUUCAAACUUGCAUUGAAAUUGUCUGUCACUUGUUUGUUCAU